AUGGGCCCCUAUACCGCCUCCUCAUGCUGCUGCCAGGCCCGUAAUCUGCCAUGGGCCCCUGUACCGACUCCUCAUGCUGCUGCCAGGCCCGUAAUCUGUCAUGGGCCCCUGUACCGCCUCCUCAUGCUGCUGCCAGGCCAGUCCAGAGUGUGUCAUGGGUCCCUGUACGGCCUCCCAUUGCUGCUGUCUCUAUCGCCACACUCUGCCAUGUGCCACUUUCAGGUCUCCUCACACUGCUGGUGGUUUCCAUUUUUGUCAUAGGGUGCUGUAUGGCCUCCCAUUGCUGCUGCCUCCACCGCCACACUGUGGCUCCACACUCUGGUUUUGGCCCCGUGACUGCCCAAAUGAGUGAAGUGUGCGGUGAUUCUAAGAUCGACGGCACUCAUCUGCAUGUCAUACUGACUGACAGUAUUAUUUCUCUUCCCCAGCAGACUCCAAGGGCAUUUAAAUUAAAGGUACAGUGUUCUGCACUAAUAUUA